AUGCCAUGCCUUACGUUACAAUUGAGUGACGGACAUGAAGAGAACCCGCCGCUCCUCGAUGUCUUCCUUCGAGUCCGAACAGUCGCUGAGCGCUGCAUCGACGUCGGCGCCGAUCGCUGGAGCGAGGCGCAAUUCGAGAGGAUCGCUGUCGAACGCGUCAACGAGUUCACAGACAGAUUCAACGGUCGAAGCCAUUGCCAUGAACGCACUAUCGAAGAGUUGAUUGGCAAACCCAGGUCCAUCGCCAUUCAUCCUGCAGCUUCCCCCAAAACGACACAGGGGUCUCCCAAGUCCACACAGCAGCUAGUACGACGAUCCGCCGCGCGAGCAUCAUCCAUAGACCCAUGUCCGUCGCUAGAGAGCGACCACAGCAGCGUCGACAAUGGUCCCACCACACAACCCCAGAACAUGUCUAGUGUCAAUUCUGAGGCUCAAGUUCCCCAACCAGCCGCUGCGGACCCUCCCAUCUUCUCCGUAAUCCGACAAGUCUUAGCGCAUGAUUCGUUAUACGCAGAGGAUGUUAUCACAGGUAUUCGGAACCUGCCAGCCAAUCGCCGCAGCAUUCUUAUUCUGCACGAGGACGAAUGCAUCGAUGGUCCAUCCAGCAGACCACAAAAGGCUUCAAAUAAACCAUCGAAAAAGCGUCAGAGGUCAAAAGAAAAUUCGACUGCCGGUGGCGGUACCGGAGGUAAUCAGCAAGGGAACGAGGAGGGUGCUGGAGGCGCCGGACAAGACGGCGCUGAUGAAACAGGCGAUGGUGAGAGUAACGGAAACUCUCCGCCCAAAAAGAAGCGCAACAAGGAACGCAACCAGGACAAGAUUCGUCGCUGGAUUUGCCCGUAUCGUCUUGCAUACCCUGAGAUCCACGAUAAUCGCGAUUUCAGCUACUGCUCUGCGAACAUGACUGCGGUGCACAAAUGGAGAAACCAUCUCUUCGACCAUCAUUCCCAAGAAGCGAAAAGCAAAGACACCGACGGGGAAGCACAUGCACGCUUCUAUAUGAGCAACGGCCAGAAGGAUAAUGUUCAAGAAACAGUCGCGAAGUAUGGGGAGCAUCGUCCUCGACCCCCACCCGAGUGGCUCGCCUACUGCAAGAAGCUCUUCAUCGACGUUUGGUUGAUCCUCUUUCCUAAAGACCAAUUCCCUCACUUCAACGAGCCUCUAUCUCCUUUUUAUGCAGACGAUGACGAAAUCCCCGACCUUUGCCAGUACCUCGUUCAAAAGGUUGGAAUACUGAUUGAACCCCUUCUCCAAGCAAGGGCAGAGCAAGCUGUCAGAGACAAAGCCAUCGCAUCAACAACGGACUUCGUUCUUAGUGCAGAAGGGAUGAAGGCCGUGAUGUCAGAGACUAUUGCUAUUGCCCUUCGCAGCUCACCAGCCGCUACAGGUGCUACUCAAUGGGCAGUUCGAGCCACUUCGGAAAUGCUGCAGAAUGCUGCGGGCCAAAUCCGAGACGAAAACCGAGGCGAAAGUCAAGGCGAAGGUCGAGGCAAAGGUCGAGGCGACGGCGACGGCGACGGCGAGGGGGAGGGCGACGGCGAAGACGAAGACGAAGACGAGUCUGAUAACCACGGGUCCUCAACACCAUCAGAUUCGGCCACUGCUCCUAGGACUCCAGGACCAACAGAGGAUACAGUCCCAAAGGAAGCGACGCCUCAGCCAACAAUUCAUGUACGGUUGUUUCCUGAGGGUACCCGAGUCACUAUCGACUUGGUACCUGACACGCCACUGGAUUCUGAAACGCGAUCCAUACAGCUCAGUCAUCCCUCGAUUGUCUACGUGGCGAAGAUGUCCCAGUCACGAAUACCUUCCGCAUCUGCACCUGCACCUGUCCCGUCAACGCCUCCAGUGAUGGAUGAUUUCGGCGCGGAGCUCAUGAAUCCUAUGGAUUGGUUCAUUACUUAA